AUGGGCAGGCUAAAUAUCAAGAAUAUCAACCCUAACGUCGUUGAGGCCAAGUACGCCGUCCGCGGCGAGCUGGCGGUCAGGUCUGAGGAGUAUCGCGCCAAGAUCCGAAAGGGCGAUGCUAGCGACUUGCCCUUCGACCACGUCAUCAGCGCCAACAUUGGUAACCCUCAGCAACUCGACCAGAAGCCCAUCACCUUCUUCCGACAAGUCCUCAGUCUGCUAGAGAACCCUCUCUUGCUCCAGCACGAGGACGUGCUGACCGAGAAGCUCGGUUACAAGUCCGACGUCAUCGAGCGCGCGAAGUGGCUGCUUAGCCAUGUUGGCAGUGUAGGAGCCUACAGUGCCAGCGCAGGUGUUCCAGCCAUCAAAGAGAGCAUUGCCAAGUUCCUCGAGAGACGCGAUGGCUUCCAUGCCGACCCUGCUCACAUCUACCUUUCCGGUGGCGCAUCGUCCGGUGUCAACACACUUUUGAACAUCAUCUGCGCUGGGCCUGACACCGGUAUCCUUGUUCCCAUUCCCCAGUACCCCCUAUACACCGCCUCUCUGGCCGUAUUGAACGCCACGUGCGUGCCAUACUACUUGGAUGAGUCCUCAAACUGGGGUACGUGCUUCGAGGAGAUCAAGUCUUCCUACGAGAAGGCCAAGAGCGACGGAAUUGAUGUGCGCGCCAUCGUCAUCAUCAACCCUGGCAACCCCACGGGUGCCUCCUUGACCGAGGCCGACAUCCGCUCGGUCAUCGACCUCGCCGUGCUAGAGAACCUCGUCAUCAUAGCCGACGAAGUCUACCAAACCAAUGUCUUUAUCGGCAAAUUCCACUCCUUCCGCGAGAUCCUGCUCAAGGCCCAGAAGGAGAACGCCGAAAAGUACAAGGGCGUGGAGCUCGCCUCGCUGCACUCCAUCUCCAAGGGCAUGGUGGGCGAGUGCGGCCACCGCGGCGGCUACUUCGAGUUGAUCGGGUUCAACGAAGAGGUGGAGGCCGAGAUCUACAAGUUCGUGUCCAUCACCCUGUGCGCGCCCGUCAUCGGCCAGUGCCUGGUCGAGCUCAUGGUCAACCCCCCGCGGGAGGGCGAGCCCUCGUUCGAGCUGUACGACAAAGAGUACACGGGCAUCUUCAACGGGCUGAAGCAGCGCGCCUCCGCGCUGUACGAGGCCUUCAAGGACAUGGAGGGCGUCGAGUGCGGCGAGCCCCAGGGCUCCAUGUACCUGUUCCCCACCAUCACCCUGUCGCAGAAGGCCAUCGAGGCGGCCAAGAAGGAGGGCCGCACCGCCGACGAAUUCUACUCCAUGCGCCUGCUCGAGGCGACCGGCGUCUGUGUCGUCCCCGGUGCCGGCUUCGGCCAGAAGGAGGGAAGCCUGCACUUCAGGACCACGUUCCUGGCGCCCGGCACUGAGUGGGUUGGUCGCGUCAAGGAGUUCCACAAGAAGUUCAUGGAUGAGUUCCGAUGA